AUGGAAGGUCUCGUGAAGUCGGUCGAAUUUAUCAGUGCAAAAUAUGAUGAACUGCUGAUAAAACAUCAGUACAUUGAAGAAAUGAGUACUGAGCUAGUAAAAGAAAAUCAAUUACUCAAAAAGCAAGUUUUUGACUUGCAAAAUCAAUCGGAGCAAAUGUGUGUAAAUUUCAAUGAACUAGAACAAUAUGACCGCUGGGAUUGCCUCGAGAUACAAGGUAUUCCCGUUCAAGAAGAUGAAGAUACCGAUGCCCUAGUAUGCUCUGCUGGUAACUUAGUAAAUGUAAACAUCAAAGCUGAAGAUAUUUCGAUAAGCCACCAUCUCAAAAGCAAUCCAACAGCCAGAAAUCAAUCCCCAGCAAUUAUCACAAAGUUUGUUCGACAUAGUAUGAGAGAUAAGCUGUAUCACGCCAGGAAAUAUCUCAAGGAAAAAUCUACUAAAGAUGUUGGUCUUGGAAGGAUAUCCGAAGAGAAGAUCUACAUUGCAGAGAGCCUAACUAGAAAGAAUAAGAUCCUAUUUAACAAAUGCUUGGAAAUAAAGAAGUCGUUGAACUAUAAAUAUAUAUGGACCAACCAAGGAAACAUCUACCUACGAAGGGACUCCAGUUCACCUCACCUAAGAAGUUAA